CCUCCUCCUUGAAAGUCUUUGGGUUGAGGUUAACUUCUUGCACAGGUUGGAUUAAUAAGAUCAGUGCAGAUAAUCAGACUAUUUAAGGACAUGCAGUUGACAAUUCGUAGGUACCAGGACCCUGACAAGGAGAAGGUCCUUUCUCUGUUCUCCCAAGGCAUAGAGGAACACAUCUGGCCUUGUUUUAAAAGGGCUAUGAGCAGCCCGCUCUACCUGUGCUUCUCCCUGGGUCUGGGCAUCGCUGGCUACCUCCUGGCCUCUGGUUUAGGAGCCCUUGUGCUAGUUUCUGGCUGGACGGGCCUAGUCUACUACUGCUGCCACAAGUUGUUUACUGGCUAUUUAAGAGACGUGCUCGAGAAGGACAUGCAGGACAUACCGCCAGACGACUGCUUCUGGGUGGCAGAAACUGUUGCCACCGGGAAGGUUGUGGGUAUGGUGGCUGUGGUGGCCAAGAAGAACGGUGCAGAGAGGUACGGCGAAUUGUUCAGAAUGAUCGUCUCCUCUGCCAUACGCCGGGCGGGCCACGGAUCCAGAAUGGUCCAGACAGUCCUGGAUUUCUGCAAGCAGCGUGGGAUUUCAAAGGUUACCUUGGUGACCACUGCUCAAACACCUGGCGUGGCCCUGUACCAGAAAAUGGGGUUUAAACUUGUCCGCUCUUAUACUAAGACACAUUUGCCUAAUUGGAUGAUGAAGAUAACUAGAGUUAUUAUUUUAGUCAUGGAAAAAUCGAUAUAGAACUGAGAAAUAGCAAUCAAAUAUAAUCUUGUUAGACAUUAUCUAAAAAAAGAAUUUUAAGUUUGAGUGUAAUAUUCAAUCCAACAAACAUUGAACUUGUUUGUUAAUGUAUGAAGGGAUUAUAGUGUUGUGGGUAGGCUAAAGGUGUUUCUUAAGAUACAUUUGAUAAAAAAAAGUGAAACCCUUAUCAUAACCCUCCAGAAAGUUGCAAAGUACGGACAUUUGACAACCUACAAUUAAACAACAGAAAUUACUGAAAUGAUUUCCAAUGAGUGUUGAGAAUGUUGGUUAAAUGGUUGGUUUCUCCUGGCAAGCUGGUAGAAUGAUCUUUCCAGCAUGCAUCUGGGUGGGCACUCCCAUCACAAUUGAUUUGCUAUGUCAUUAAGUCCAAUGGCAGAUUGUGACAAAGCUUAUCUGAUGACAUUGUAUUUUAUUUGCUCAAUCAUGAGUUACAGAUUGUCACAGAUUUUAAAACAAAAUGUAAUGCUAAUCAUAAUCAAAUGAUAAUCAUACUCACACAUGUUGGUAAUAUAUAUAGGCCACAUUUUCUUGUUUUA